AUGAAAAUAAAUGAAAACACUUUACUGGAAGGACAUAAAGUCGUUUUGGUGCCUUACAAUUCGGAGCACGUGCCAAGGUACCACGAGUGGAUGAAGUCUGUGGAGCUGCAGCAGCUGACGGCCUCGGAGCCUUUGACUCUGGAGCAAGAAUAUGACAUGCAGCGCAGCUGGAGGGAAGACACCGACAAGUGCACCUUUAUCAUCUUGGAAAAGAGGCGCUGGUUGGACUCUGGUGCCGCGGAGGAGCAGUGCAUGAUCGGGGAUGUCAACAUCUUCCUCACUGACCCCACGGAUCUUUCCCUGGCUGAGCUGGAGAUCAUGAUCGCAGAACCCAGUUACAGAGGCAAAGGCAUCGGGAAGGAGGUGACGCAAAUGAUGAUGCACUACGGUGUCACCAAACUCGGCAUCAGCAAGUUUCAAGUAAAAAUUGGCCUGGAUAAUGUGAUCAGUAUUGCCAUGUUUGAGAAACUUCACUUCCAAAAGAUGUCUGUGUGCCAGGUGUUCAAGGAAGUCACCUUGGAAGCGCCGGUGGAUGAUUCGCUUCGCCGAAGGCUCCUGCUGCACCUGGGUCACGUGACCGAACGGGAUUACCGGGCGGCCCGCGACCAAAGACAGGAGACUGUCGCGUGA